AUGGCUGCACCGGGCCCUGCGCUGCGUCGCACAGCGUUGGCAUCUUCGACCUUUAUCCGGAUGAGAUGCCUUGCUGGUGCACGAACUCAGAUCUCGAAUAAUACUCUCACUUGUCGCUGUACCUCCCCAUCCUCGAUCUCGACUUCACACUCUUUCUCGCAAAUCCGAUAUAGUUCCUAUUCUUCCCCGACACCGACACCAAGUGCCAACGGGAAAGCGCGCAAGAAGGUCACGAUCCAAACGUUGCAGAAUCUUUAUAAGAAGGGCGAGCCAAUUGCCAUGCUGACGGCGCAUGACUUCCCCAGCGCUCAUGUCGCUGAUGUGUCGGGGAUGGAUAUGGUUUUGGUUGGGGAUAGCUUGGGCAUGGUGGCGUUGGGACUGGAUAAUACUACCGAGGUCGUAAUGGAAGAGAUGAUAUUGCACUGUCGGAGCGUGGUCCGUGGAGCGAAGAGUGCAUUUAUUGUUGGGGAUCUGCCCAUGGGUUCAUAUGAGGUAUCUCCGGAGCAAGCUAUUGAGUCGUCAUUGCGCUUGAUUAAAGAAGGGCGUGUGCAUGGCGUGAAGAUUGAAGGUGGGGAGGAAUUAGCGCCCACUAUCAAACGGAUCACACAGGCCGGCGUACCUGUCGUGGGUCAUGUUGGUCUGACGCCCCAGCGACAAAAUGCUCUCGGUGGAUUCCGGGUUCAGGGAAAGACAAAAUCCAGCGCUUUGAAACUGUUGGAUGACGCCGUGGCGAUGCAAGAGGCGGGUGCAUUCAUGCUUGUGCUUGAAGCUAUGCCCGCAGCAGUCGCAGCCCUCAUCACAGAAAAGCUCAGCAUCCCGACCAUUGGUAUUGGUGCCGGCAAUGGCUGCUCAGGUCAAGUUCUCGUGCAAGUCGACAUGACUGGUAAUUUCGAACCCGGUCGGUUUAUCCCCAAGUUCGUCAAGCCCUUUGCCAAUGUUUGGGCCGAGGCUGCGCGCGGGAUCACACAAUACCGCGACGAAGUUAAGAGCCGUGCGUUCCCGUCGGAGGAAUACACAUAUCCCAUCCCGAAAGAGGAGCUCGCUGGGUUCCAAAAAUCCGUGGACGAACGCUACCAGAAAGAAUGA